AUGCAAUCACAAAUUAAAUCACGUCUUCUCUCGGAGAAGAUAUUCGUGCUGGAUGAUUGGUUGGAACAAUGUAUCCAAUUUGUUGAAAGUGAAGAACCAUAUUUGAGAAAUAAUUUGGAAGGAAUGAAAGAAGCUGUUUUCAAACAAUUUCUAGUUUCCGAUUAUGACAAAAUUGCUCAAAAGCCUUCUCCGAAUUAUUCUCUAUUUUCCAAUCUUGAACAAGAACAUGGAAAGAUUUUAAAAGGGCCUUUUGUUUUACAAAUUAAUGAUAUUUGGGAUAUUGGUAUCCCAAUGACGGAUCAAAUUGAUAUGGACAAGGAAUUGGUUGAUAGCUCGAAUGAAGAAAUGGAAGAAGGCGAUUUACUCUUUUCUGAUGCUUUACAUACUGAAAUUCAAGGAGCAAAACCAAAGAAAGAUUACACCAAUUCAAACUAUAGUAGAAGAUUACUCAAAUUUACUCUCAGUGAUGGUCAUGUCAACAACAUUCAAGCAAUGGAGUACAAGCCUAUAGACUUUAUUUCUUUAAAAACAGAGUUAGGAACAAAGGUGAAGAUAUCCAAUGUUUUGGUACGGAGAGGAAUGUUGCUACUAAUUCCUCAAAGUAUUACAAUUAUGGGAGGCGGUGUGGAUGAAUUAAUAGAAGCAAAGAAGAUCUUUAAAAGCAAUUUAUCUUCAAAGCUCAGUGGAAAAUUAGAGUUGAAAAAACAAAUUGAGUCAAAUAUUGACACCAUCAAAAGCAAUAGGCAAGCAACGAAUAAUGUCAAUCCUACUAGAGGUUCACCAAACCAAACUCACCAAACAAAUAACGUAAAAACUGAAGAAUUUGACGAUGAGCUCAUUAUGCUAGACGAUGAAAAUAUCAUUGACUGCUCGGAUGACGAUAAUGAAUUCAAUCAGGAUCAUAAGAGGUCAAAGAGGUGA